AUCCAAGAGGCCACUGUGUACUGGGAUGCUGCCCAGAAGAGUGUGAUUCUGAAGGAGGGGGUGUUGGAGAAAGAAGGGGGUGCCUAUGGCUAUUACAAUGAUACUCUCCUCCUGACGGGCUGGGGGGUACUGGAGAUUCGGGCAGGGUAUGGGGAGACCCCCGAGAGUGAUGAGACCACUUCCUUCUUGGCUGGGUAUCUGGAAGGGUUCCUCACCGCAGAGUGAGUGCUUUCACUGCUUUGUUACAAAUGACACUGAUGUUCGUUUUAUCUUUAUUUAGCGCUGUUCAUGCCUAUACAUUCAUUAUAGACAUCAUCAGUAUUGAGAGUGAGAAUCCUUUAGGAAAUGUUGAGGAAAUUUUGACUCUGGCUUUCUCUCUCCAUCAGGCAGAUGUUUAGCCACUAUGCCAACAUAUAUCCUCAGAUGAUUAAAGACGAGAAGAUUCUGGACCCCUUGAAAGAUUUCAUGAUGUAAGAUUCCCUUUUAUUCUAUAGACCAGCGGUUCUCAACCUUUUCCUUUCUGGGGACUACCAAAUCACUAUCGAAAGCUCGAGGACCACCAUUCGCGGAAUCACAGAUUUUCUUUUUACAUCAAAUAUCUUGAUGGUCAAAUGUAGUCCAUUUUAGCAGUGAAUGUAACAAAUUAAAGGCCUAUAAUUAUUAUAAUAUCUGAAUACCUGAGUCGGUCCACAGUAAACAGGACUACUGGACCAGAGAGCAGGUGAAGUUGAGGAGAAACACUGACCCCUUGUGGCUGCAUACAGGACUGAUCCUGGCUCAACUGGAUGGGCUACAGGCUGGAGCUGCAUACUGGGCUAAGAGCAGGCAGAGAGAGGUGUGUGGGAGUGAGAGAAAGGUGUGGGGAAAGGUGUGUUUUGAAGAUUAUUUUCUGUAUGCGAGCAUCAGAUUUUCCUCCAACCUAAUGGAAUCUGUAGAUUCACAAACCCCUAAUUGCAAACCAAAAACAGUUCCCAGUCCUUUAUGCAAAUCCCAACUGACCCCUUUCUUCCCCCUCUUUACGUCCUAGCCUCUGUCCAUGUUUGCGCUGCAGUUUCUGAAUGAAGUUGGAGACCUGCUGGACCUGAUUCCAGCGCUGACGCCACGCUUCAACUCCUCCCGAGGCCCUGUGCCAGUUAUGGGCCACUGCUCAGCUCUCAUAAAGGUCAGAGGUCAAGUGAAUUUGGCUGGGAUGAGGUCUGGUCGUUUGUUUAGCUCAUGAUUGGUGGUGUUUAUAGUUUAUUUAUACCUGACUUGCAUAUCAUCCCCAUGAGUGGAGUUAUACAAUGCGAUUUCCAUAAUCUACAAAAGAUAUUCAGCCACUGUUAAAGCGUAUUGGUUUAUAAUGAUAUAGAUACCUUUUUUAUUGAGCUUACAUUUUUCUACAGGAGUGGAUUAAUACCUUUCUCAGAUCCAGUUUUCUCUUCAGUUCAUGCACGAGGUAGUGGUGCCUCAACCACAAAAGCCUGUGAUGUAACACCAUGUGUUUGGUGUCUUUAUCCUGUUCUCUGUGUAGGUUCUGCCAGGCUUUGAGAACCUGCUGUUAGCCCACUCCAGCUGGUUCAGCUACGCUUCCACCAUGCGUAUCUACAAACACUGGGACUUCAGGCUGGCCGACACACACACCGCCACGGGCAAGAUGUCCUUCAGCAGCUACCCUGGUACAAGAACGAUUGAAUUUGAUUGAUAUAGCGCUUUAUAUUGAACCCUUGACUGGGAACACAUUCUCAUUUACAGCAACGCCCCGGGGAAUAGUAACAGGGGAGAGGAGUGAAUGAGCCAAUUGGAAGCUGGGGAUGAUUAGGUGGCGAUGAUGGUAUGAGGGACAGAUUUGGAAGCCUGGUUCCUCAUUUUCAAGUCAAGGGGGUUAAGUGAUGUUAUUGAAGAUUUGCCAUUUUCCCUAUCAAACAAUAUAUUGUGGCUUAAAAGUGCUAUUUUUAGAGUUAAGCAGGGAAUAUUAUCUCACUCUCAGUGCAGAAACCCACUACAUUAAAAACUACUAAAAUACACUCAGGGAUCUAGGAUUUGAAUUUAUCUAGCCCUUCUUCUGUGUACAAGCUUACCACAGUCUCUCGGGACUGAAAUCGACUACAUUAUAAUGACAUUUUUAAUUACCCUGUGGUGCUAGGAAUGUUACACCUCACAUAUGUCCUUACCCUUAGCCCGGCUUAUUUUUUUCUCUACACUAUGGUGCAAGGGAUGCUAUACUACUCCCACAUCCCACUCCAAGCCGCCCCCACAUGUCCUCUCCCCUCCUUCACCCCUCAAUGUCCUCCUCUCCUUUCCUAACCAGACAUGCACUGAUCUCCCCCUCUCUCCUCUCCCCUCUUUCCUGCCAGGCUUCCUGACAUCCUUGGAUGACUUCUACCUGCUGGGCAGUGGGCUGCUGAUGACUCAGACCACCAACAGUGUCUUCAACACCUCUCUGUUCACCCUGGUCACCCCCCACAGCCUGCUGGCCUGGCAGAGGGUGCGGCUGGCACACGCCCUGGCACGCACCGGGGAGCAGUGGGCACACAUCUUCUCUAAGUACAACUCCGGUAAUGCCUGGGGUGUGGAGGAUGUUUCUGGGAUUGGGUUUUGUGAUUUGUGUAAUAACCUGUACUUGCAUGAAUAACCUAUGCGCUUUUGUUUAGGUGUGGUGAGGUGUGAGGAUCGACUUUGUGAUUUGUGUGCUACUGUACUUGUUAAUGAUUGCAGGAUUACAUGUUUUCUGUGCAGUAACACUAGGUAGUUUAUGUUGAAUUGAUUGUUGCAUAGUAUGAUAAAUGGCAUAGUAUGUUACACACCAUGUGAUGUAUCGCCUUAGGCCCUGACCACAGAUGAUGGAACUGUCCUGUUCUCUAAGGGUGUACUGUAGUCUGUCUUUGUUAAUAGAGCCAUUGCAGCAGGAGAUGACAACUUGUUGCUUAGGAGGAACAGUACAGCUUGUUCUCACUGAGGGGACUGACUGGCCAUAGCCUCUGUGUCUCUGGAACCUACAGUAACCAGAAAGUGACACCUGAUACGUGCCCAUUAUGAUGGUAUACAUGCGAACUCUGCUCACCAGUUCCAUAUUCAAAUACCCUAUUUUUCCGGGUAUCUGCAUGUUCCAGUGUAGUGCAUGGGUUCACCACAGUCCCAAGCCAUGACAUACUGCAUAUCAGGAGGAGACUUGUUUCUCCUGUCUUUUCAAGGACCUGUAAUAACCAGUAGAUAAUCAACAACAAACCAAGUUAACCACCACUAAUAACACAACUACAUUUCCCCUCCCUCCCUCCUCAGGAACCUAUAACAGCCAGUACAUGGUGCUGGAUCUGAGCAGGGUGUCGUUGGGGAGGAGAAUAAGGGAUGGGGCUCUGACUGUGGUGGAGCAGAUACCAGGACUGGUGCUACACUCUGACCAGACACAGGCCCUGCGACAGGGUAAGGGACAGUCUCAUUUCAGUCUGUUGAUAUAACGCUAAACUGGUGGAUAUACAUGGGUUAUAUGCCAUCCUAAUUGACACUCUAGGAUUAAUAAAGUCUUAUUGGAUUGAACUUCAUAUGCUUCCCCCAAAUGUAAUGAAUUGAUUGACAAGCUGAUAUGUUGCUACAUUUAUUUUCAAAGCCUGGGGGAGAAUGAUAAAUGUAUUGUUUGUAUAAUGUGAUUAAAUGGCAGCUGUACUAGCCAUGAUUAUUAUCUAUAUGUGUAUAUUGUAAAAUAAAAUUGUGUUUUACUACCAAUAUGUGCAUGACACUUAAAGGCCCAGUGCAGGCAAAAAUUAGAUUUUCCUGUGUUUCAUAUAUAUUUCCACACUAAGAGGUUGGAAUAAUACUGUGUAAUUGUGGAAAUUAUGAUAAUGCCCUUUUUUAGUGUAAGAGACAUCACCACGCGGUAAAACCUCUCUGCCAAUAACAGCUAGUUUUCCGUUUUCCCCUCCCCAAUCCGACCACUCCCGGACAGUCGUAGCAAAUUUCUUGCUUGAGAAAUUGCUCUUGCUAAGAAGCUAUUUUAUUUUUUUGACCAUUUUGAUUUGAAAACAAUUACAGUAAGGUACCUAAUUGUUACCCAGAAAGGAUUUGAUAUUAAGGUAAAAACAGCUGCAUUGGGCCUUUUUAAAUAAAAUAUAUCAAUCAAGGAAUCAUGUUGGUUGUUUGGGUCUCUCAGCAUCUGAUAUGUCUUCACCCUUCCUACAUUAUUCUUGUCUUUCUCCUGGUCCCUCCGGCAGGCUACUGGCCAUCCUACAACGUGCCCUUCCAUGCAGACAUCUACAACCUGAGUGGCUACGGGGUCAUGUGGAGGAAGCAUGGAGAGGACUUCUCCUACGACCUCUGUGCCAGAGCCAAGAUCUUCCGCAGGGAUCAGGCCAGGGUUACAGACCUCGCCUCCCUCAAGCACAUCAUGAGAUACAACAGUGAGUGCUGCAGUAUGAUUUUAUCAGGAAUGGGUUGGUAACUGUAGUCCUUUUAUAAUUGGGCAGAUGCAGGCAACGCCAGGCCUGGAGGACCGCUGGCCCUGUAGUGUCUGUAAUCUUUUUUGCUAUAGCCAUAAUCGGGCUGGAAAGAAUCGGGCCUUUCAUUCCGGGCUGCUCAAGCUAUCCCUAUAAAUAGAAUGAGAAUUCAGUCUGAGAUUAAAUUAUUCAACCCCACAAGGAGGAUGGAUCAUCUUGCUGUGUGGGUCUACUAGAUUGUCACGCCUGCUGUUCCAACCUCUGAACUCAGUGCUUUUGAACUGUGUCUCCAGACUACAGGAAAGACCCUUACUCCAAGGGCCAUCCCUGUAAAACCAUCUGCUGUCGCAACGACCUGAGGCUGAAGAAACCACGUCCAGGAGGCUGCUAUGACACCAAGGUCAGGGUUCAAUUACCACCAUGUCCAGGCAUUCUCACUCAUAAAAUAACAAUAUCAAAGGGAACAUGAUGGCACAAUUUAUACUCCUACAGUACAUCAUAAUACUAAAAUAACAUUCAGGUAAAACAAAGGGCCAUUUUUAAUUAUCAUUCUCUCUCUCCUUCUCCCUCUCUCCCUCUCCUAGGUGACGGACUUCCAUCUGGCCCAUCAGUUAGCAGCGGAGGCAGUGAACGGUCCCACCACUCAGGGGGGCCUGCUUCCGUUCUCCUGGAGCCACUUCAACAGCACAGCCCACAAGGGUCUGCCG